AUCUGUUGCAGGUGGGACUCUUAAAGCCAAAAAGAUAAACUAGGAUGGCAUUAGUUUUUAAAAAGGAAGGGGAAACAGUGCUACAAAAACAAUAUGGUGAACAAAAAACACACCUUCAUGUCAGGUGUGUGUUGUUUUUUAAAGAAACACUCAGACAUGAUUUUUUAGAGAGGGGAAAUCUCUUUUAACAUCUGCAGCAAAGGAUGUGUGAUGGGUUGCCCUCCUGGUUAGCAUGAAAUGAGAGCAAUGGGGUGUAACUUGUCGUUUUCAGAGGAAAGGGGUCUUGGAGAAUUGGUGUAGGUCCCAGGGAGGCUUAAAGGUCUGUCCUUCUGUGUAUUAGAUUGCAAAACAGCAAUCUGCAUGAACAUAAUUACCACGACUGCUUGAAGUCACAAUAACUUUAGCCUUGUUGCCACACAGAUCAAGUGUCCAUCCUUUUUUAAGCAAAGGGAUUGGCACCUCCUGUAUGUAUGACAAGUACAUGGGCCCAUUGUUCUUAACAAGUCACCCUGUGUACGGAACCAGUGAUGAAUAAGAGGCAGAUCCUGUGAAACAGUCGGUGAGCCUUCACUCCUGGGUGGCACUUUGGAAUGGGAGACCAGCUGGAAUUUGAACAGAGGCAAAGACUGGCCAGUUCAAGUUGCGAGAUGAGGCCGCAGCAGCCGCCUGUUGCCAGCAAGGUGUUUCUCCAGCGGGACUACAGCAGUGGCACCAAAUGCCAGUUCCAGACCAAGUUUCCUCCGGAAUUGGAGAAUCGAGUCGACAGGCAGCAGUUUGAAGAAACAGUGCGAACUCUAAACAAUCUUUAUGCAGAAGCAGAGAAGCUUGGGAGCCAAUCUUACCUUGAAGGGUGCCUGGCCUGCUUGACUGCCUACACUAUAUUCUUGUGCAUGGAAACACAUUAUGAAAAGGUUCUGAAGAAGAUUGCCAAGUACAUUCAGGAACAGAAUGAGAAGAUCUAUGCCCCACAGGGCAUCCUCCUGACGGACCCCAUUGAGAGAGGGCUCAGAGUUAUUGAAAUUACCAUUUAUGAAGACAGAGGUGUGAAUAGUGGGAGAUAAAUCCUGACGUCCAAGGGUCCAGCUUUUGUUCCAGAAAGUUCCUCUACCUCCUCCGUCAUAACAUCAUUCCUUACUUCUGCCGCCAACCCCAUGGUGCCAUCUACCACAAAGACUUCUCAAAAUCCUACUCCUUCACAGCAAAAUCCCAUGGACAGGAUAGCAUCCGUUUUGUGUCCUAUGGGUAAGCCAAAAGCAAUGGCGUCUGCCUGGUAGCUUUAGUUUCCAAGGACCGGUUGAGCAGCCAUACGAGUCAGCAGGCACGAGACCAGUCUGGAGUCGGCUGAAGGCAGAGAGGCUCCUUUUGCAAGUGCUCAGAUUUCGUCAGCUGUUUGGGAAGAAAGCCGCAGUGUGGCCUAGGCACCGAAUCUCCGAAAAUGAGGCCCCUGUUUGUGAAGUGGCAGCACGGUGUUUCUCUGCUUGUCCAGAGGAGACUUGGAACAAAUACCAUCUUGAGUUGAAGCCUCCUGUGGUGGCAACAGAAACAAUGCAAAAAGGCUUUCAUUUUGAACACUUCACCAAGAGCUUUCGCUGUGUCUUUCAAGAGAGGAGAAGGGAAAUGGUUUGUUUCAUUCAAUGUGCGGAAGUGCGGCAGCCCAAAUGUAUGCUGUGCCAGUCAGUGUAACCGCCCCCUGCUUUCUCCACCCCUUUUCAAGUGUUGAAUAUGUGAGCUAGGUAAUAAAUGGCUUUCUCAGUUUUGUUAGCAGUUAAAAAGUUUUAGGGCAAGCUGGUAACUUGACUAGAAAUGAUGUUAUGAUAGCGCUUUGUUUUAGAUCUCUCUCACACAGUGUGUGCAACUCAGCAGCCUGUAGUACUUCCACUUGCAUUUAACAUUCCUCUAGCAAUGCUUACAAAGUAUAUAGAAGAUUUUAGUCUUCUGAGUUGAUACCUUCUUAUGGAUCAAGUGUUUUUCUCCGUUGAUCCAAGUGGGCCCUUGAGUAGAGGCUGGCAAGAGUUGCUCAGCUGCUUGACAGUUGCUGUCACCUCCCAUGUCCAGGAAUUCAAGACCACUUACGAAAUGGAUAGAAUAUUUCACUUCUUGAGCGAUUCAAAAAGCAAGUAGUGAAUCGGGGGCUUUAGGUGGAUUAUUCUUGAAUACCUAUUCUUUAUCCUUGCCUCUAGAAGUCUGUUUAAUAUUUAAGUGUACAAAACACCUCUUUUUUUCUAAUCUGUAACAGUUUUUUGCCUUUUGCACCCGUUACAAUCAGUUUCAGAAAUAUUACUGGAUUGGUAACUUUUUUUCUUAAAUAAACCUUGUCAUUUGCUAGCA